AUGGCCACGUCGGUGAGGACGUUCCCAGUUUCCCUGUGGACAUCGACGUCGUCUCCCUGGCCAGGAGCAAACACCACAGCAGCGGCAGAGGCGACGUGCGUCUUCGACGAGGAGUUCAAGUUCAUCCUGCUGCCCAUCUCCUACAGCAUCGUCUUCGUGGUGGGACUGCCCCUCAACUCUUGGGCCCUGUGGAUAUUCAUCUGCAGGAUGAGGCCCUGGACCGCCACCACCACCUACAUGUUCAACCUGGCCGUCUCCGACAUGCUCUACGUCCUCUCCCUCCCCACCUUGGUCUACUAUUACGCCGACCGCAAUAACUGGCCCUUCGGGACAUGGCUCUGCAAGAUCGUGCGCUUCCUCUUCUAUGCUAACCUCUACAGCAGCAUCCUCUUCCUCACGUGCAUCAGCGUCCACCGCUACCUGGGCAUCUGCCACCCCAUCCGCUCCCUGAAGUGGGUGAAGACCAAGCACGCCCGCAUCGUUUGCGUGGGCGCCUGGCUCGUUGUCACCAUCUGCCUCAUCCCCAACCUCAUCUUCGUCACCACCAGCUCCAAGAACAACAGCACCCUGUGCCACGACACCACCAGGCCCGCAGAGUUCUACCGUUAUGUGCAUUACAGCUCCUCCGUCAUGGCCCUCCUCUUCGGGGUCCCCUUCCUGGUGAUUGUCCUGUGCUACUGCCUGAUGGCCAAGAGGCUCAGCCAGUCCAGCUUCUCCAGCCCCAACCCCCGAACGCCCUCCUACAAGAAGCGCUCCAUCAAGAUGAUCAUCAUCGUGCUCACCGUCUUCGCCAUCUGCUUCGUGCCCUUCCACAUCACCCGGACCAUCUACUACACCUCCCGCUACAUCCAAGCUGGCUGCCAGACCCUCAACGUCGUCAACUUCGCCUACAAGAUCACGCGGCCCCUGGCCAGCGUCAACAGCUGCCUCGACCCCAUCUUGUACUUCAUGGUUGGGGACAAGUACCGGGGGCGGCUCAGGAGGGACGAGACCCAGGAAGCAUUUGGGAGCGGAGCAAAGCCACCCACCGCCUCGGCAACGGCGCUGGGGUGGGUUCGGAGCCAGGGGCCGGAGCGGUGA